AUGUCAAGACCCAAGGAACCAUCCAAAUUCAACAAUUUUUACACGCCACGAAAUACUCGCUUUUAUUCCAGUUGUCCGUAUAAGAAACUAGACAGGUCGCGUCAUGAGAUUCGCUUGUUGAAGGCAAAAGAACCCCUAAACCCAAGUACCCUGGAGUUUGAGCUCAUCCAAAAAGUGGCAGUCCCGCGGUAUCAUGGCAAAUACUCUACCGUGUCAUAUCAUUCGGGCAACCCUCAUAAUACCGCCAAGCUUCUCAUCGACGGCCGCACAUUCAAUGCUUUUAGGAACCUGCGUGACGCUCUUCAGCGACUUAUACGAUUUUGGGCGCAGAAAUUCCCAGGCAAAGAGUUGCACAUCUGGGCUGACCAAGUCUGCAUAAAUCAGACCGUAUAUGCUUAUCCUUUGUUUUCCCCUGAAUGGAACGACAUAUAUGACCUACUAGAGAGCUCUUGGUGGGAGCGAGCCUGGGUGUACCAAGAGUUCAUAGUCUCUAGACGGGCCUAUUUCAUGUCAGGAUUAAACUUCUGCGUUCCAUGGUCGGAAUUGUGCACACCCCUAUCCAAUUUCAUGUCGAUGGAUAUCCAAAAAGCCUGCAAAGAAAAUAACAAGGCCUUUACGAGGGAUCAGAAAUACUACUCAGAAUGCAUUAGGGUUUUGGAGCUAGAAGAAUUUACUCGACGAGUCGAGAUGUCAAGAAAAGCCAAGGAAACGGCAGAGGCUGUGGUCAAUGGUAAGCGCCUUUGGAAGGGAUCAUGUGAUCUUUCAAUCCUCAUGCGCCAUUCGCGCAAUUGCCAGAGCUCUGAAAUGCGGGACAAGGUCUACGCAUUCCUGGGUCUCACUCACCCAGAGUAUGGUAUUGUCCCCAACUACACAUCGUCGACCUCUAUUGUCAAAUUACUCACCCAUACCGCUCGCCGUAUCAUUGAGGUCGAACGCAAUUUGGAUAUCCUCUCUGAUGCAGUUCGUUUACGAUCUGCAACAUAUGGCACCCAACUGCCAUCCUGGGUACCAGACUGGACCAUACCAGAAGACAACGAGUCACGCCUCUUUCGACAGACUAUCAAUCUCCCGCCCGAUUGUCAAGCAAGCAAAGGUGCACCGCCUAGCUUUCGUUUCCGAGCAGACGAUGACGGAAGCGAUGGCCAAGUACUCGAAGUCCAAGCUGUUUUCAUUGAUAGCCUCACCGCCGUCACUCGGGAUGACUACCAGUCGUGGUGUGAGUUCCGCACGAGUAAAGGCCGCACCAUUCGUACGACUAGUUCCGCGGACAUCGGGGAUGAAAUAUGGGUGAUUUGUGGCGUUCGGUUUCCGUUUGUUCUCCGCAAGUAGCACGAGGACCACUUACUCCUUGGUGAAGUGAUGGUUUGGUCGAGGAACAAACAUCAGCAAUCUCGUACAACUACGCCCUCGUUUCCGAGACCGGCGAAGCGGUUUUUAGAGCAUGUGUCGGCAGCGAGACUACAGAGACAUCAACGAUCUACGCCCGGUGCAGAUCGUCUUACGAAUUCAAGGGUAUUGUAUGGUUCGAUGACUGAAGAUGGUUCUG